AUGGCGGGCGCGGAACCGGAGCCCGGGAAUGUCGGCGGCAGUGGCUCGACUCUUUCCGGCCGGAGCCACGGCACCGUGCGCUUGGCUCCGCUGGACCCCGAGCAGCUGCGGCGAGUUCUGGAGCAGGUGACUCGGGCGCAGCCACCGCCCGGCGCGCUGCCGGCCGCGGCGCAGCGGCUCCGGGACGGGGCCCAGCAGGCCGCCCAGCCGGGCGCCGAGGCCCCGCGCCUGCUGACACCGCAGGAACUUGAAGCUAUUUGUGUCAAGGUAUCUGGUGACACCAAAAUUAAGGAAAGAACAAUGCACCCCCUGGCUACCAUCCAACUCAGAACAGUAAGACAAAGUCAGCCACCUGGGAGAAGCCCCAGCAAGGGUGUGUGUGUCUCCAGCCCUCAGCAGCUCAGGGUGCAGGCCCUGGGGAGGACGGAGUCACAGCUGCAGCUCCUUAGACGCUCCCCUCAGCCUCCUGCUCCUCGGGUGUUUGUACAGAAGAUGAUGCCAGACCUCCAUCCAGUCCCUUUGAAGAGAGCCAAGGCUCACGAGACUGCAAACGGGUGUGACAUCGCUCUGAGCCCCGUGGCAGCCUCGGGUCCACGCGCAGUUGCAGCCGUGCCAUCUAGCCUGUUGAUUUCCAGCUUGCAUACAACACAUACUGAGAAGUCGAAGAAAUCUUUAAGGGUAAGAACUCGAUCUGGACGGGUAUCCCGGCCUCCCAGGUAUAAAGCCAGAGACUACAAGUUCAUCAAAACCGAGGACUUAGCAGAAGGGCGUCUGUCGGAUUCCGAUGACUACUCAGAGCUGAGCGUGGAGGAGGAGGAGGAAGAGCCUCCAGAGAAGCCUGCUUUCUUCGACGUUGAAGUCUGUGCCCUGAGACCCAAGGCCUUUAAGUGUCAGACGUGUGGAAAGUCCUACAUAGGGAAAGGGGGGCUGUCGAGGCACUGUAAGCUCAACCCAGGCCAUAGCCGGCUGCAGCCUGGGGUGCUGCUGUCGGAGAAAGCUGAUGGGGGCCUGACCGUGGGCUGCACAGACUCUAAGACUGGAGGCCUGGCCGGCCCGGAACCGUCCAUAGCAGCUGCUCUCUGUGUGGAGGAGGCAGAGUCAGCUUGGCACACCCUACAGAACGGUCAGCCUGUCGAAGUUGAAGAAACACUGGUACCUGAACCACAAAAAAGAAGUACCUCAGCUCUUCUGAGACCAGAGAAAUACCUAGGACCUAAAAAUCGAAAUUGGGAAAGCCAGGCAGAAGUCAGCACAGCCAGCCUGCAGGAGAGCAGAGCAGUCCAGCCAGAAGGCGGCCCUGCUGUGCCUUCAGGGCUGAGUGUGUCCGGGGGAGCCCAGCUCCGGGAGGCGCUCAAGCAGUGUGGCCGGGAGGAGCUGGUGGAAUUGGUGCUACCUCAGCUGGCUCAGGUGGUGACGCUGUAUGAACUUCUUCUGGUGAAGGUAGAGAAAAGUCCCAGGGCGAAGCCUUUCUUUCCUGCUGUGUACAAGGAGUUUGAAGAGUUAUAUGGCAUGAUGAAGAGAAUGUGUCAGGAUUACCUCAGCAGCGCUGGUGCAUACCCUCAGGAGCCCCUGGAGAUCAGCAACGAUGAGGUUGCCAGGUCAUUAGGGAUCACAGAGUUCCUGAGGAGGAAAGAGACACCUACGUGCUCUAGUCAGGAGACGGAGGGGAGGCUGGAGAAGGGCUGUGUACGGAAGAGGGCGAGGGAGCUGGGGAAGCUGGCCACAGUGAAAAAGCCCCGAACAGUGGCUUUGCCCACAGAUGUCCCUGAGUAUCCUCCCUCUGCCAAUGGAUGCCAGCAGGAGCCUGGGCCCCCACCUGCUCUGGCCACUAGCAAGGGUUCUGAUCCUGCAGCCAGUGAGAACUCUCUCUGCUCUGAAGGAAGCUGUCUGGAGAUGGUUCCUGCUAGUGACAGGAAUGCACCACCUGCAGGCUUGUGGCUUAUGGUGAUGGCAUCUGAUGACUUUGAAGCCAGGAAUGGCUCUGCAGACCCUACUCUUCUAUUUCAGGAUGUCAGUGGGUCAGCUCUUUAUUCCCAAGUAGCAGAGCCCAGUAGGAUGCACCCAGCCCAUGAGUCUGUGUUUUCUGAAGAGAAUAUUCCAGAACAUACUAUGGAUCAGGAUUCUGGGGCCGUCUGGAAGAGCAACAGUGUCUGUGAUAUGCCAUCAUCAGGUAGAAGAAUUGGGUCUCGGGCAGGAGCCCUCAGGGGGACUAAUCAACCCCUCCUUGGUGGCCAGCAGGCCAGUCCCAGCCAUGUCCUUCUGGCAGAGGCUGCAGCCUUCCCACUCCAUAACACUUUGCCUGUGAAUAUCUUGCCAGUUGCCUGUGUUUCCAAGAUUAUGCCAGAACCAGUUCUUCAUCCUGGACCAGGUGGAUCACUGUCUACUGAUGGGGGUCCCAGUGUUGGAAGUGAAGCUGGAGACAUAAGCCACCCCCUCUUUAGGAUGGAGACACAUGACCAAAGAGAGCCAGAGACUGUGGCUGCGGUGGGGGAAGCCCUGGCUUUUGAUAUUUCCAAUGUGUGCCAGGAAGUAUUGUCUCAGGGACAGGAGCAGAUUUUUUUUUGGACUUCCAAUGGGUUUCUUUUGUCCUAUCCAAGCACCGUAGUAUCUCAGGAAGGAGACAGUGUCAUCGUGACUGAUGCAAGGGGUUCUAUCCUGAGGAUUGGCCCGCCAGAAGGUGUUGCUCUUGAAGCUAUAGAAGCCUUCCUCACUGUGGAGGCAGAGUGUUCUCAGUGACCAGGAGUCAGGUGUGUGUGU